CGUGACCGAGGGCGUGGCCGGCGCCGUGUGGGCGUGUCCCGCGUGACGCAGUGACGCUGCCGCGGCCCGGCCGGACGGAGCGGCCGCCAUGGCGAGUCAGUCGCAGGGCAUCCAGCAGCUGCUGCAGGCCGAGAAACGCGCCGCGGAGAAGGUGGCCGAGGCCCGCAAGAGGAAGAACCGGAGGCUGAAGCAGGCCAAGGAGGAGGCCCAGGCCGAGAUCGAGCAGUACCGGCUGCAGAGGGAGAAGGAGUUCAAGGCCAAGGAGGCAGCGGCCCUUGGCUCCCAUGGCAGCUGCACCACUGAAGUGGAGAAGGAGACUCAGGAAAAGAUGAGUGUAAUCCAGCAGAACUUCCAGAAGAACCGGGAGGUGGUGAUGUCCCAGCUGCUGUCCCUGGUGUGUGACAUCAAACCCGAGAUCCACGUGAAUUACCGCAUCAAUGGCUAGUGCUGGCAGCAGGGAGCAGAGUCCUGGCACUGCUGGGAGUCCAGUCUGAGCUUCAGGUGCAAUGUACAGCUCUUAGCCAUACCUUCCCUGUCCUGCUUGUCCAUGUGUUAAAUUAUUUCAGUGAGCCCUUGGAGUUCUCUUAGUUUCUCUUUUGACACAAACUCAGAGCUUGUUCAAACAUGAAGUGGCCAUGUGUCAGAUGUGUGCUGAGUUAUUAAAUAGAUAUUUUCCAGCUGGCACAGGAGUGAUCCCUUUCCAUGGUGAUAAUAUUCAAUGAGAAGUUUCCCUCUGUGAAACAGAAAAGGGAGAGAGCUGCUGGCCUGUGUCAGUAAUUGUUAAACCUGUGUACCUGUAUUCCUGUUGACCAAACUGCAUUUCUCAGUGUGUUGUUAAACCUCUGCACAGGAUUUAAACCCUGUAAGAAGAAUUCUCUGGCUGUGCAAGUCCUGGCUGAUCAUUUCCAGGUGCUUGAGUUUCUCUGUAAUGAAUCCUCUGUAUAUUCUGCUGUUAGCUUGAGGUACAAGUCUGGCACAAUGACACCUGAAAGUAAAAACACUUCACUCCAAA